AUGAGUACUCAACCGAAAGUCGUGCCAGGGCAAUGGAUCGUCAGUGUCAAGCCUUAUUUGACCCCCGAGUUGCUGCAAAGCGAGCAUCUCUCUGCACUAGAAGACAUGACGAUCGAUCCCAGUACCCCUUUCAAGAUGGAAGUCCUCCAAAAGUUCGACCUUCCCGAAAUAAAAGGCUACUCAGCUAAGUUUGAUGACGCAACUAAAAUCGAGCUAGAGAGAAUGCCUCAUGUCGUAUCUCAACACGUACCAGACUCGGCCCUCCCCCCCUACAGCUACCAGUACAGGGAAGACGCGGCUGGCACCAAUACAGUCGUCUAUAUCAUCGAUACAGGCAUCAACGACCAGCAUGUUGAAUUUGAGAGGCGGGCCAGUAAGGGACCCAAGUUCGUGUCCGACGGUCCAUCAAGCGACGAAGAUAUUCAUGGCCAUGGUACCCAUUGCGCUGGUACGAUUGCUAGUCGGGCGUACGGUGUGGCCAAGAGGGCCAACGUCGUAGGCGUCAAGGUCUUCAGCGACGCAACAGGAUAUGCGCAGACCAGCGACAUCAUCCGCGCCCUUGACUGGGUAGUUAGUGAUGUCAAUGAGCGGGGCAUUAACGGUCAUGCUGUGGUUAACAUGAGUCUUGGAGGCGGAGCGAGUCCGGCUCUGGAUAAUGCUGUUGGGUCUGCUGUCCGUCACGGGACUGUGGUCUGUGUGGCUGCCGGCAAUGGAGGUGAUCUGGCCGAGAAUGGUUCCCCUGCUCGCGAGCCGCUUGCCAUUACCGUUGGUGCAACAGAUGUUGGAGACACACUUGCGUCUUUCUCAGGCUACGGAAAGAUCGUUGACAUACUUGCUCCUGGUGUCGAUGUUCUUUCCUGCUGGAUAGGUAGCCAAACGGCAACUAGGAGUAUCAGUGGAACGUCUAUGGCAACACCUCACGUGUCGGGCGUCGCCAGCUGCCUCCUUAGUGAUGCUUCUUGGACUCAACGCGACCCUUCCGAGAUAAUGCCCAGGAUGCUUAUUCUCGCAGACAAAAACAAAAUCAACGGAAUUACUCCCCCCAGGGAGAGGACAAUUGACGCGUUGCUGCAAAAUACCACUGGCGCGACUGACUAG